AUGGCUCUCCCUAUCAACAACGUCAACAAGCUCCAUGCCGUGCUUCCACCUAACGCGAAGCCAUGGUACCGCCAGGGCCAUCUGGUCAAGCUUAACUUCUGCCUGAUUUCGUGCAUGAUGUACGCAUCGACGAACGGAUACGAUGGCACACUCCUAAACGGUUUCCAGUCGUUGAAUAGAUGGGUCGACUUCAUGGAAGACCCGGAUGCGACGUGGCUAGGAACCAUCAACUGCCUGUACUGGAUCACUGUUGGAGUCGUGGCGCCAGUCUCCAGUUGGGCUGCCGGCAAAUGGGGCCGCAAGAUUCCUUCGUACUGCGGUUUCAUCUUCCUGAUCGCUUCGACUUGUCUCCAGGCCAUGGCCCAGAACCCGGCCAUGUUCAUCGUCGCUCGAACCAUUCUCGGUGGCUCCACGGCUUGCUUUGGAAUUGCGGUGCCUCUUCUUAUCGCCGAGCUGGCGUACCCUACACAAAGAGCUAUCAUGAGCAAUCUGUACCCUGCUGGUUUCUUCGUUGGCUCUUCUAUUUCGGCUUGGAGCGUUUACGGAAUGCGUAACUACGCUAGCAGCUGGUGUUGGAGACUUCCUACGAUUUUGCAGGUUCUGUGUCCUCUAUCUGGACUUGUCGGUCUGUAUUUGAGCCCAGAAAGUCCCAGAUGGUUGAUUUCCGAGGGAAGGAUCGAGGACGCACGACAGAUCUUAGUGGACUGGCAUGCUGGAGGCGACACUAAUUCCGCUCUGGUCGAAUUUGAAAUGGCUGAGAUUAUUGAGGCUGUCCGUGCCGAAAAGGAAGCGAGCGGUACUGCCAGGUUUUCUGACCUGUGGAAGGGUCCCGGAAACCGCCACCGUCUCUUCAUCACCAUCACCAUAGGUUUCUUUGCGCAGUGGGUGGGCAACAACGUGGUAUCUUACUACCUGGCUCUCGUCUUGGACACUGUUGGCGUGACAUCCGCCGAUGACCAGACUCUCGUUUCUGCCUGUCUUCAAUUCUGGAACUUGAUCUUCGCAGUUAUCGGUGCCUUGUUCAUCGAUCGUCUGGGCCGGAGAAUGAUCUUCCAGCUGUCUUUUGCGAUUAUGCUGGUCAGCUACGUCAUCGUCACUGGUCUUUCAGGCUCGUUCGCCAGCACUGGGAAUGCCAGCACCGGGCUGGCUGUCAUUCCCUUCCUAUUCGUCUUCUACGCUGGUUACGGAAUCUCUCUUACACCGCUGCUCAUUGCCUACCCUCUAGAAAUUUGGACCUUCCAACUUCGUGCUCUCGGCCUCAGCGUUGUCUGGAUGUCGACUGUCGUUUCCGUCGUCUUCAACGUCUUCGUUAAUCCCAUUGCGUUAUCCGCUAUCGGGUGGAAAUACUACCUAGUAUUCGUAGCUGUACUAGUUUCCUACGGAGUUACCGCGUACUACUUCUACCCCGAGACCCGUGGCUACACUCUGGAGGAAAUGGCCAUCGUGUUCGACGGAGACAAGGCUGCGCUUGCAGCCGUGCAGCACAUUGAGGGGUUGACCGUUCACCAUGAGCAGGAUGAGAAGCCCACAAAGCAGUAG